UCUUCUACUGCAACUGCAGAUUGUUGUAACAGGAAGAAAUAUUUUUCUUUGGGGAACUAGUUAAAUCUCAGCAGUAGUGAGAAAUUCCAAAUAGUUGUUUCAUUGGUUAUUUGGUUUACCAAACAGGAGGUGGCUCUUUGGCUUCAGGCACAGAAGGGAAUAGCCAAAGCUAAGGGAGAGUCCAGCAGAACCUGACAACCUAGACAUUGAGCAGGGAAGGGUGAUAAAACCAGAGUGAUUUUUGUUGUUAUGGCAUGGAAGGGAGGUUGGCUUAACUGAAGUGAUAGAAGGGGUUAUAUUUUUGUUUUUGUUCUUCUCUUGUUGAUGUUUUUUCUUUGUUCUUGAAGGAUUUGCAGGAUGCAGGCAUCCUGAGGGAACUUGAAACUGCAAUGUUAGAAACACUCAGCAUCUGCUCUUGGUGAGGAGUGAGCCAGGAAACCCUUCUAGCUGUUUCAACAGGCAUGUUUUCCCACAAAGGUAGAAGGACACUUUUCUUGUCAGAAGAAGGGAAUAGUGCCUCCAGCUGCCUGAGCAACUGCUUCAGAGGAUGCCAGAGUUGGAAAUGGGUUGAAAGCCUGGUAGAUGCUUUCUAUUCUGGAUCCGGAGCCCAGGUUUCUGUGUUAUGCAGAAGCUGAAAACAAAUCACAGGGAGAUCCCUGAGAACCCUGAAAGCCAGGAAAUGGAAUGGUUAACAUUUAGGGAUAUAGCCAUUGAUUUUACUGAAGAGGAGUGGGAAUGCCUUCAGCCUGCUCAGAAAAAUUUAUAUAGAGAUGUGAUGCUAGAGAACUAUAGAAACUUGGCUUUCCUGGCCAUGACUCCUAAUCAUACCCAAGAAUAUUCACCACAAAAGGGCCUAAAACAUAUAUUUCAUGAAGUGAUAAGUGCAAAAUAUAGAAGUUGUGAUCUUGACUAUUUACAACAAAUGAAAAUAUGGAAAACUACAAGUGAGUGUGAACACCAGAAAUCAUAUAAAAUAUCAGGCCUUGUUCACCACCAGAGAAUUCAUACUGGAGAGAAGCCCUACAAAUAUAAAAAAUGUUGCAAAGAAUUUAGUAAAAAACAAGGUCUUAUUUACCACAGAGGAACCCAUAAUGGAGAGAAGGCCUACAAAUGUACAGAAUGUGGUAAAGCUUUCAGUCUAAAAUCACUCCUAAUUUGUCACUGCAAAAAUCACACUGGAGAGAAGCCCUACAAAUGUAAAGAAUGUGGCAAAGCUUUUGGUUGAAAAUCAAACUUUAUUUGCCACACCAGAACUCACACUGGAGAGAAGACCUACAAAUAUAAAGAAUGUGGCAAAGCUUUCAGUCGAAAAUCAAACCUUAUUUGCCACAGCAGAACCCACACUGGAGAGAAGCCCUACAAAUGUAAAGAAUGUGGCAAAGCUUUUCAUCAAAAAUCAUACCUUAUUUGCCACAGCAGAACCCACACUGGAGAGAAGCCCUACAAAUGUAAAGAAUGUGGCAAAGCUUUUCAUCAAAAAUCAUACCUUAUUUGCCACAGCAGAACCCACACUGGAGAAAAGCCCUACAAAUGUACAGAAUGUGGCAAAUCUUUUCUUCAAAAAUCAAACCUUAUUUGCCACAGGAGAACUCACACUGGAGAGAAGCCCUAAAAAUGUAAAGAAUGUGGCAAAGCUUUUCGUCAAAAAUCAGACCUCAUUCACCAAAGCAGAACUCACUGGAGAGAAGCCCUUCAAAUAUAAAUAAUGUGGAAAAGCUUUUACUCAAAAAAGCAGGCUUUAUUUGCCACAGAAGAACUCACACUAGAGAGAAGACUUCAAGUGUAAAGAAUUUGGUAAAGCACUCAGUCAAAAAUCACACCUAUUUGACACAGGAGAACUCACACUGGAGAGAAGCCCCACAGAUGCAAAGUAUGUGACAAAGUUAUUACUCAAAUAUUACACCUUAUUUGCCACAGCAGAAUUUACACUGGAGAGAAGCCUUACAAAUAUAAGGAAUGUGGCAAAGCUUUUAUCAAUUAAACAGGCCUUAUUCACCACAACAAAACUCACACUGGAGAAUAGACCUACAAAUGUGAAUAAUGUGGAAAACUUAAUAAAAAAUAAAACUUUAUUCACCACAGCAGAAGACAUCCUGGUGAAGGUGAAAUGUGAAUAAAGUGAUCAUACUUUUAAAGAAAGACUAAACCUUUGGGCUGGGGUUUUCGGUCAGUGGUAGAGCGCUAGCCUCAUAUGUGUGAGAUCCUGGGUUCAAUCCUCAGCACCACAUAAAAAUAAAUAAGUGAAAUAAAGGUAUUGUGUCCAACUAUAACUAAAAAAUAAACAUUAAAAAAGAAAGACUAAACCUUAUUAACAACAGAAUUUAUACAGAAAAGAACCCCUACAAAUUGAAACAAUUCAGCAAAGCUUUUAAUAAUAAAUCAAUUAUUUUUCAUCACUAGGCUCUUUAUUUUGGAAAGAAGACAUAUAAAUGUAGUGAAUGUAGAAACAUUUUAAAUUAUUUAUCAUACAUUACUGGACAUCAGAGAAAACACACUGGAGAGAAGCUCUACAAAUGAGACAAUUGUACUAUUCCUCUAAGAAAGGGAUAACAUUUAAUCCUCUCCACAAUAACCAUAGCAUAGACAAAGUUUUGAAAUGUGAAAAUGGACAAUGUGACAAUGCCUCUAAAAUUUAUUCACCAAUGCUCAACACCUGUAGAUACAUACUGGUUAGAGACAAUACAAAUGGGAAAAAAAUUGUAGCCACAUGUUUCUUAAACACUGCUGAUUUUUGGAGAAUUCAUUGUGCCCAGAAAUCCUAAAGGGUUAAAUAAUAUUUCCAUAACUUAUUCAAAUUUUAAAUUCUUUGAACAUCUGAAAACUCAUACUAGUAGUGAACAUUAAACAGAUUUUGUCCAAAUGUAUGCCUUAUAUAACAAUGAAACAUUUGUAAUAAAUGACUUGACAAAUGUGA